AGCGCCCACGCCCGGUGGCGGCAGGGAGGACCGGGGGCUCGGCUCCGCUUACCCCGCUGCCGGUCCGUCCGCACGCUGCACCGGGGUGACGGCGCUCCGGCCCUGCUGCCCGCUCUCUGCCCGCCAGCCGGCUGCGGCGGCUCCUCCCAGCCCCAGUCGGCGGAGCCGCAACCCCUCCUUCCCGUCGGCGAGCCCGUCAGACGCGGUACAGCACCAGGACCCAGCUCCGCCGCCGUUGCCGGAUUCGUCCCAGCGGACAGUGCUUUUUGCCGUAGGUGUUGGCUACCGACCUCUCCGCCUGCAGCUGGAACGCUGUAUUUCCCCUCAUUGGAUGCUACUGCAGCACUCGGAGUCUUCCUGCUGAGAAGAGCAGCCAAGCAGCAGCACUCCAGGCACUGCCUCUGCACCUCCGCUCCCAGCCCGACACCGCCCUCCUGAUGGCUACUACCCAUACCUCUGUCCUUUUGGUUCGUUGCUUUCUAACUGCGUUUGUUGUGACAUCAAACGAAGCCUGAGCACCUCCAGUCCUUGAGAAGCUACGUAGGCUUUGGGACACAGCAAACCCCUCAAGCAUUUGACAUUGCGUACCAAAGAAAUGGUGAUGGAGAAGCCAAGUCCCCUGCUGGUAGGGCGGGAGUUCGUGAGACAGUACUACACUCUGCUAAAUAAAGCUCCUGACUUCUUGCACAGGUUUUAUGGCAGGAAUUCUUCUUACGUCCACGGAGGACUGGAUGCCAGUGGGAAACCGCAAGAAGCAGUGUAUGGUCAAGCUGAGAUACACAAGAAAGUGAUGUCAUUACAGUUCAGCGAAUGCCACACCAAGAUUCGUCACGUGGAUGCUCACGCUACUCUGAGCGACGGGGUGGUUGUGCAAGUAAUGGGAGAGCUGUCGAACAACGGGCAGCCGAUGAGGAAGUUCAUGCAGACUUUUGUGCUCGCUCCAGAAGGUUCGGUUCCGAACAAGUUCUAUGUCCAUAACGAUAUCUUCAGAUAUGAAGAUGAAGUGUUUGGGGAUUCAGAAGGAGAACUUGAUGAAGAGUCUGAGGAAGAGGUGGAAGAGGAGCAGGAGGAAAGACAACCAUCCCCUGAACCCGUGCAAGAGAAUGCAAGCAGUACUUACUACGAAAACCAUCCUGUUACCAAUGGGAUAGAGGAGGCGCUAGAAGAGUCGUCUCAUGAACCUGAGCCGGAAUUGGAAUCUGAAACGAAAACCGAGGAGCUGAAAGCUGAAGUAGAAGAAAAGACCCUCGAGGAGCUAGAAGAGAAGUCUCCGUCUCCGCCUCCCGUAGAACCUGUGUCACUACCACAGGAGCCACCAAAGCCAAGAGUUGAAACUAAACCUGAAGCUCAGUCUCAGCCUCCUCGUGUACGUGAACAGCGUCCCAGGGAAAGACCGGGUUUUCCCCCCCGAGGACCUCGACCAGGGAGGGGGGACAUGGAACAGAAUGAGUCGGAUAAUCGUCGAAUAAUUCGCUAUCCGGACAGCCACCAGCUCUUCGUUGGGAACUUGCCGCAUGAUAUCGAUGAGAGCGAACUGAAAGAGUUCUUCAUGAGCUUCGGGAAUGUGGUAGAACUUCGCAUAAAUACUAAAGGAGUGGGAGGAAAACUGCCUAAUUUUGGUUUCGUGGUAUUUGACGAUUCCGAGCCGGUCCAGCGAAUUUUAGUUGCGAAACCUAUUAUGUUCCGGGGUGAGGUGCGCUUGAACGUAGAAGAGAAAAAAACAAGAGCCGCUCGUGAAAGAGAGACCCGAGGUGGAGGCGAUGAUCGUAGGGAUAUUCGUCGCAAUGAUAGAGGCCCCGGGGGUCCCCGUGGAAUAGUGGGUGGUGGCAUGAUGCGAGACCGUGACGGAAGAGGACCCCCUCCGAGAGGUGGCAUGGCACAGAAACUCGGCUCUGGACGAGGAACCGGGCAAAUGGAAGGCCGUUUCACCGGACAGCGUCGCUGAAAUCUCCACUGUGGGCAGACAGUCUUGGCAGUGGUACAUUAUCCAUCGUGUUUGCAUUCUUGUUAAUUUUUUUUGGCUUUGGAAUGUGACACAGCCCUUCUGAUCAUUUCUUUGAUGUGAAAGCAUCCUUUGGUUUCCAGUUUAAAUUGAGGUGGACGUUCUUUCCCCAGUUUCACAACAGGAGUCACACUGUUAAUUUAUAAAUGUAGACUUGGAGAAUUGAGGACUGAAAAAAAAAAAAAAAAAAAGAGAAAAAAAAAGACCGGUUAACUAUCUGCAACAAAAGUGAACUACAGGACAUGCCCAGUAGAAUUCAGGUCCUUUCAGUCAAAAACCCUCUGCUGCACAUUUUGUGUAAGUGUUACUGUUUCUGCCUAUUACUGUUGGAAACACAAAUAGUGCAAUUUGUGCAAUUGGAGAAGCUUGCCUUUUUUUUUUUUUCCUUAGAACACUCGGCUCCAGACAAACUCGUGUUUACGCGCUCAUCAAAAUGCACUAAUGGGUACUCUGAACUCAUUUAUAUUGACAUCUGCAGGAGGCAUCGGAGGAGAAAAACCUUCAUCCUCUUAUUCAGACAGAAUAGCUUGUGAAAUGAUGCGGGCGUCCGAUCUGCUUGCAGUGACCGACCUGUGUACACACACAAACCUUAAUAAGACUACACGUUUAUUCCAGAAGGAAUCCAUUUAGCUGUAAACUAACCAGAACCCAGAGUUUCAAAGUCGUAGCCCUGAGUAUGCAACAAGUUUGAUAGCUCACGUCAGAUUUUUCUAUCUGCCCCCCUUCAGUACAGGGAUGGCUGCUCAACACACUCCUCCUUCCCCUUUCCCCUUCGAUAAGCAUUGUACAGUGAAAUUUGUCUUGACUGUAUUUGAGUUCUCUGGUAAUGUAAUAAGCAUGAUGGUGCCUUCUAUGAAUACAUCAUUCCAGUCUUGCUGGUGAUUUUGUACAGUAUAGUGUAUGAAUUACUGUGCUGCAAAGCCAAUCGGCUGCAAAGCAUUUAAAGGAAAUCAUGGAAAAAUUGUAUUAAAAAAAAUUGCAGUAUCUUUCAAUCAGUAAACGUUGCUAAAAAUUAUCAUCCACCUUGCUCUUCAAUUAACAAGUUCGCCUGUUUUUUUGCAGAGGGGGGGAAGGGAGGAAGAAGGCACCCAAGUAGUCUCCAGGCUGUCUCUUCUCUUUAAUCAGUGUCAAAGUUAAAGCAAAUGGAGUUGAAAUCUCUCUCGGGCGUGAAUUUCGCAAGUCAGUCAAGAACGGUGAACGCUUUUGGCCAGCUCGUAAUCGGUAGAACUGAGCAUCCUUUGCGAGGGUGAGCUUAUCGAAGGAGGAUACUGCAAUUUUCAGAGAACGAAACAGCAGCUCUUAAGUAUUUGCAUUUUCCAGUUGCGCUUUUUGAAAAAAAACUCUUACUCAUUUUGCACAUAGCUCUCAGCCGAAGUUGACGCUUGGGUGACUCCGGACCGAAGGGAUGAAAGGAAACAUCCUCUUCUCCGGCUCGCCUGGCGGGUUUUCCCGGCGGAGAGCUCUGUUUCUGGAUGACGUUCUGGAGCGCGUUCCGUAAACGGCAGCUGCGGCAGACGGCGCCGUCCGGCUGGAUGCCGGCCCUGCAGCAAGCGCCGGGCUCCGAGGCGUCGGGAGUAAAAGAGGGGGUGUGUUUGCGUGCGCGUGCGUGUGAAAGCGUGACCGCUUACAGCUGCUUCUAAGCACGGAAGACCUCAAAUAAAAUAAUUGCAAUUUCGAGCAAAAGCAGAUAGGGCAUCACAGCAGUCUGUCUCUGGAUUAUGCAAUCAUUCGCUGGUUUCGAGUAAGUUGGAAGAUUUUGCACAUACUUUCCUGACGCGUUAGGCAAAGUGAAGUGGCAUCUGUCCGUUUUCUCCCAGCUCGAGGUCUUCUGUGUUCGAUGGUAAGUCUUGCACUAUUUUCAUACACUUUUUUUUUUUCCGGGGCACAUUUCUUCCCGUUUCCAUGUUCAUAUUUCAGUUUUUUGUCAAAGGUCUUGCAUUUUCAGCUCUUACCUGGAAAUCUGUAGUACUUGAACUGCUCGCCACGCGACAAGACCGCUUGGGUUCGAAGCCUUCGGACAAAUCGCUGUCAUCGGUCAGCAGUUUGCCGCCGGUGUGUUUUGCCUAGCCUUUCCCCACCACCACCGUUUUGUAGUGCUGUGGUGUCUUGCCGCCACCUAAUUCCUUUGUAUGGCAAACGGCACCGGGAACAAUCUCCGCAACAAAACCCAGAGUAUUAAAAAGAGCUACUGAGCCAUUCCGCAUUCCGGUUCGCUUCUUGUGUAAGUGACGUGAGCGGCCGCUGGAACGUCAUCCAGAGAAGUUUACAUGGUGAUAGCUCACCUGCUGUACUGUGGACUCUUACGUGUUCUCUCGAUAGUAAAUGUACCUCUUGGAGCAAAGGAAGGGAUUCGCUGACCAUUACUGUUAGUUGCUGAUUUGUGGAUGGUGGGAGUAUUCUGUCAUUACGGUCCUAUUGCAACAAACGUGGCUGACCAUCUUGGCUUUAGUAGGUAUACGAGACAGUGGAUUCCCAUCUUUAUUGCUGUAACGUGUCAAGCAUUAUAUGCUAGUAGAUUCUAGUUCAAUUGUUGCAGGUGGGAAGUAUUUUUACUUUUAAGUUUCCAUUCUGAAUGUGUUUUGACUAAACAUACCAAUAAACUACUGAUGUCUGCAGCAUUUA